CCUAGGACCAACGAGAGGCGAGCGAGUCCCCGCAAUCGACUCGCCUCAGCACAGCACAAUCCAGCGACCAAAGGGUCGGAAACCCGUACGGCAGAAGAGUGAAGAAAACAAUCUCGACCUCGGUUGAGGGGAGGAGAAAGAAGCUAGGUGGUGAAGGAAAGCCGAACGAGGUAUGUGCAUUUGAUGCAGCUUCGCCAUUGUUCUUUCCCCUUGCACCUGCUGUUCCUGCCCAUUCACACUGCAUCAUCCCCAUCCUACCUACCUACCUGGGCAGUCACCCAUCUCUCGGGCAGGUGCUCUGUAGGCAUUUGCGUAGUCACCUUCCUCUUUCCUGCUUUCCCUCUUUCCCUCCCUCCCCCCCCUCUCUCUCUCCUGCCCCUUCGUACCCUACACACAUCCCUUCCGUCUUUGCAUCCCACAUUUGGCAUUUUGGCAUUUGGCAUUCGCCCUUCUCUCAGCUUGCAGCCCACCGAAUUCCUCUUCCAUCUGGCUGCUGGACCUGUCUUGGAGACUAAGAGAGAAUAUGUGGGGGCAAGAGCGAAAAGACUGAGAGUUCUGUCGUGUCUUGCUUUUCCUUUUUUUUUUUUUUUUUUUGCAGGAAACAUAGACAAGCAAACUGGUUGCCCCACAUUCCCCUUCUUCCCCACUGUCCCACGCCAUCCAACCAACCAGACGUGCGGGAUCCUCAACCUGCACUACAAAAAUACGUACCCCCCUGAACUGGACUGACGAGAGAGAUUACGGAUCCAGCCAACUCGCUGAACAAAAGGGACAGAGAGAAAGAAAGAAAAAAAGAAAGAGAAAAAAAAGGUAUUUCGGCAUUG